UGAUGACGUCACUUCCCACGAACCCCAAAGCAUUUCCAUCCAGAAUGCGAGGAGAGGAGGCACUGUGAGUUUACUACUCGGUCAUUCCCGUAGUCGAAACAAACGCAACAACCCCUUAAAACGGUAUAACAAAGCCUGGAGCGAUGCAUCAAAUGAGUUUGGUCCAGUUUGGCCCAUAACGAAAACUUUUCAGAGGGAUGUUUUGCAGAUGGCAAGAACAGGACUUCUUCCGAGUCCAGCUCCGGUAGGAGGACAUGUGUGCUCGGAAUGGGACUGUGUCUCGGUACCGACGUUACAGAGGAGGAGAAGAAGGCGAGGACACGCAGUGCCAAGAUAGACAGAGACCUGUACGAAGGCGCCAAGCGGGAGAUGAAUGUGGUUAAAAUACUCCUACUAGGUGCAGCAGAAAGUGGGAAAAGCACUUUGGUCAAACAAAUGAAGAUCAUCCACAGCAAUGGAUUUACCAAGCAAGAGCUUAGCAGCUUCAAGCCUGCAGUUUUGGAUAACCUGCUGACCUCCAUGAAGUUUGUUCUUCAUGGCAUGGGCAUCCUUCGCAUCAAUCUGGCUAGCAGCAGGAACAAGGUGCACGCUCAUUCAGUGCUGUCGUGUGGUCGCUCUUUUGAUGAAGAUCAGGUCUUUUUUCCCUUCCUGAGCCACGCCCUCUCUUGUUUGUGGGCUGACCAGGGGGUGAGAGCUGCGGUGGCCCGGGGAUACGAGUAUGAGCUCAAUGACUCAGCGCUGUACUUCUUUGAAAAUAUGAGCCGCAUCUCUUCUCCAGACUAUAUCCCCACAGAGAUGGAUGUUCUGCGUGUACGACUGAGGACUACAGGUGUGAUAGAGACCCAGUUCAAGGUCAAGCAUCUCACUUUCAGGAUGUACGAUGUCGGAGGUCAGCGAACGGAGCGGAGGAAGUGGAUCAGCUGCUUUGAAGACGUCCGGGCAGUGCUCUUUGUAGUAUCGCUAAGCGGUUAUGACAUGACCUUGGUGGAAGACCCCUCCACGAAUCGUCUGCAGGAGAGCAUGAACCUCUUCUCCUCCAUUUGCAACAAUGUCUUCUUCCGCAGUACAUCCAUGAUUUUAUUCAUGAACAAAAUUGACCUUUUCCAAGACAAGAUUCUGCACUCGGGGCGACACCUACGUCAUUACCUCCCUCAGUUUAAAGGAGCUGACUGCGACGUGGAUUCGGCCGCCCGCUUCAUCACCGCCAGCUUCGUCUCGCUUGACUCAGCUGCCAGUAAGCUCAUCUAUCACCACUUCACCACAGCCACCGACACCUCCAACAUCCAGGUGGUCUUUGAGGUGGUUAUGGACACCAUUAUAAAUGAGAACCUAGAAGCUGUGUCUCUUCUGUAGCUGCCUGAAAGUCAAGAAUCCUGACAAAUUGAGGCUUAUUUGAGAUUUUAAGAUGGUUUGUAAAAUAUAUAAAGAAAAAAAAUAACCUGAAGGACCGCUUUGAUUAUCCUUUGCCAGGUGCCACCAACAGACUGAGAAUAUACAGUUUGUCUAUGAAAUAGGCUGUGAAGGGUUAUAUUUUCCGACUUCUUUAUCAUCAUGACAUCACAACAACCUAUCACUAUAAAGCUGCCUUGCAAAUGCUUGAUCAAAACACUCAUUUUGUUGUCAUUCUUCAUUGUUUUCCAACAUAAGAUAUUGACAUUUUUAAAAUAUGUAUUUUAGUAAUCAGUAAUGGUCUAAUUAGCUGUCUCUAACACUACAAGGCCGCUCACUACCAGUUUUCCAAGUUAAAAAUGUAUUUGACAUUAUUGCCAUCAAUGGCAGUGAAUGGGUUCAUGGUGUCUUUUAAAUGUGAUUUUGAUGCCUUAUGUUGUCAGUUUACACUUUUUCUUAAUGUUCUUAAGACUAUAAAAAUGUAAGUACACAUUCUCACUGUAUUUUUGGUCGUCAUGCCAUUGGGUUUAAAAUGUUCAACGUCUAACUGCGAUACAAAAUAAAAAUGUGUGGCUGGA